AUGCACAUCCGAUAUGUGGAGUCUGAGUUACAAUUGCUGCACGCUAUGGUCAAGCUAGUGGGAGAAGCAUGGGAUGUGGAUAUACUCGUGGGCUUUGAGUCUCAGCGUGAGGCGUGGGGUUAUCUAGUACAGAGAGCCGAUAUAAAGUACAGCUUCAAUCUUUGCGCGUACAUGUCCAGGACUCCCAAUGAGGGGAAGAACACGGGCAAGAGAGAAGAUGACGAGUACGGUUUCAACCGUGGAUCCGGUGUACAUGUUAAUGGAAGAUACACCAUUUCUGUUUGGCAAACGGCUAAUAGCGCACUGAGUCUGUACAACACAUCGUAUGAAUACGUUGUGCUAGAGGUUCUGAAGCGGCAGACACCGAAGUAUCUCCCUGGCGAUCUCACGCGCUGGUACCGAGGAAUAGGCACCGUUGGCCCAUACCUCACCCGCUGGAGGACACUUAUGUACCGCUUAGACAAGGCCACCAACAAUCUGGAUAUCUUGGAGAAGCUCAAUUUUAUCGGUCAAACAAGCGAAGAGGCACGAGUAUAUGGAUGCCAAUUCUAUGACGUGUACAUCCGUGGCAGUCAGUUCAAAGUAGAGGCCAUGCUUGCCCGGAUGACUCAAACCCUGGGUUUUAUAAUGCCGUCACCGACACCCGCGGAGGUACAACAACAGGUUCCACUGCAAGAGAUUGCUCUCAAUCUGGAGCCACAGGGGAUUGCUCUCAACUCGCAGGCACAGUCUGGCCUGUACGUGAAUCCGGUGCUUGUGCUGGAUUUUCAGUCUCUGUAUCCCAGUCUGAUGAUUGCGUACAACCUGUGCUACAGCACUUGCUUAGGACGUAUUGCUAAUCUGGAGAGACCUGAUGGCAAGCUGGGGCCGUUCAUUUACGAUCCGCCCGCAAAUCUGGUGCAAAAUUUCAAGGAGAAUGUCCUGGUGACCCCAAACGGUGUGAUGUUUGUCAAGCCAGAGGUGCGCCGUGGUGUGCUGCCGCGACUUAUGAAGGAGAUUCUAAGCACUCGUGUGAUGGUCAAGAACUCGAUGAAGCGUUAUCGCGACACGGAUGCAGUGAAACACGGGAUUCUGCACAACCGUCAGUACGCCCUGAAAAUGAUUGCUAAUGUGACCUACGGCUACACGAGUGCCAGCUAUAGUGGACGUAUGCCGUGCGCUGAUAUCGCCGAUAGCAUUGUAUCGAACAGGCCGUUUGGCAUCACAGCUCUUACGACUGGACUACACAGUUACGCAUCUUCUAACGCAGUCACAUACAAUCAUGUAAGCACCAGCAAAUCGGAAGUAUAG